UGGGGAGGAGUACAAAUAUGAUGUUGUGCUGGAGAUGAAGGAAUUAGCGAGUAAGGGAAUGACCGUGGAGGUUGUAAAGGAGAUCAACGCCCUGGACCCUAACUUCUUUGUGCACAAUCCUGAUCUUCUAUUUCAACUUAAGCAGGUCGAGUUUCUUAAGUUGGUCAGCUCCGGUGAUCGUGAUAGAGCUAUACAGGUUGCAAAAUCAUAUUUAGGUCCUUCAACAGCUAGCAAUGCAACUUUGCUUAAACCUUUGAAGGAGACCCUCUUCUUGGCUUUAAUGUCACCCAAUGAAGAUGCACUUACGAAAGGAGUACCUCUGUCUCUCCUAGCAACUUCGCUCCAGGUGGCAUUGGGUAGGAGGCUUGGCAUAGAAGAACCACAGCUGAUGAAGAUAGUGAUAACAACAAUUCACUCACACAGUGAGUGGUUUAAAAUUCAAAUGUGUAAAGAGCGUUUCGAAGGACUUCUGAAGAUCGAUUCUUUGAAGGAUAUUAACACUCCCCUACUUACUGAAUCCAAAUCCAACAUGAAUCUUGAUGCUGACACCUCUGGGUCUUCCCAAGUUACAGUGUCUUUCAAGUAGCAGAAUG